CAGCUUGUCACAUGGUACAAGGUUGUUGUGAAUAGCCUUGUACCAUGUGACCUCUGUGAUCAUUCACAGAUUUCACACAUAGUAAGCAAUGUCACAAGUGCCAUCUUGAUUACUACUUUGCAUGUGAUCACUGAUUGGCCAAUCAGUGAUCACAUGAUCGGGACCUCGUACAGAGGUCCCGUACGACCCAUUGACAUUUACUGUGUGGGCUGUGAUUGGUCAAAGCUUUGCACAUGGUACAAGGCUGUUGUGAAUAGUCUUGGACCAUGUGACCUCUGUGAUCAUUCACAG